CCCCCUCAGCAAAAUGUACCUAAUAUUGAAAAGAGGUUUUUUAUCUUUUUCGGGGAUGGGGGGAGUUUGGAGUCAGACAAAGUCAGAAACGGUGGAAGAGAACAAAGCAACAUGGCAUACGCUGGAAAUCAGAAUGUGGAGUUUGUGCGGACAGGCUACGGCAAGAAUGCGGUGAAGGUGAUGGUCAUCAAGAGACACGGGAGCCACCACUACCUUAUUGAGCUGAAGGCUAAUGUGGAGAUAACACUCAAGUCCCGCAAGGACUAUCUGACCGGAGACAACUCAGACAUCAUUCCCACCGACACCAUCAAGAACACUGUCCACGCCCUGGCCAAAAUCAAAGGGGUAAAUACUAUUGAGCAAUUUUCCCUGGAUCUCUGCCAUCAUUUCCUGACCUCUUUCAACCAUGUGCUGAGGGCCAAGGUUUACAUGGAGGAGGCGCCCUGGAGAAGACUGGAGAAGAACGGUGUGGGACAUGUCCAUGCUUUUAUCUACAGCCCAGAGGCUUGUCGCUUCUGUGAUGUUGAGCAGAACCUCAACGGAACUCCAGUGGUUCACAGCGGCGUGAAGGACAUGAAGGUGCUAAAAACCACUCAGUCUGGCUUUGAGGGCUUUUUCCGAGACCGUUUCACAACGCUGCAAGACGCCAAGGACAGGGUUUUCUGCACCACUGUUUACUCUAGGUGGCGCUACAACAAGGUCCAGAACGUUGACUUUGAUGCUGCGUGGAAGUGUGUGAGAGAUACAAUUAUUGAGAAAUUUGCUGGCCCCUACGGUCGAGGAGAGUAUUCACCGUCUGUGCAAAAGACCCUUUAUGAAACACAAGUUCUGGUCCUGGACAGGAUUCCUGAGGUGGAGGAAAUCGAGAUUGUCAUGCCCAACCAGCAUUACUUCAUCAUAGACAUGACAAAAAUGGGUCUAAACAACAAAGAUGAGGUGUUUCUUCCUCUGGAUAAUCCCUCUGGAAACAUCACAGGAACAGUGUGUCGUAAGCAGAGAGCCAGACUUUAAAAGGGAAAGCCCAACCUGAAGACACUGCUGGUUUCAGUAUUAACCUCUUGAUCCAACUAACAGAAAAUCUGAUGAUAUAUCCAACAAUGUCCCGUAAGAUGUAAAUAAAGUUGCUUCUGACUCUGAA